AUGAGUGACUCGGAUGACCUGGUGGUCAUUCCAGAGUCACCGCCGCCGCCGAGGCGCUCGGGCCGCUCCGUUCGAGCGAGGAGCGCACCGAAGACGCCAAAGGCGCCCUCGUCGGACGACGACAUUGUCAUCCUCGACGUCCCACCGAUAACACCGGCGCAGCCGACACCGAGCGCCCGCCGUCCCCGCAAGAAGCGCUUGUCGGAGGACGAGGUCAUCUGUCUCAGCGACUCUCCGCCACCCAGGCCGCCGUUAAAGGACCGCUUCACGUACGCUGGACCAUCGGCUCCGAAGCCCAAAGUCAAGCGGGCGGCGAAUACGGGGCCCAGCCGACCAAGGAAGGUGAUGUCGUCCGAGCCCAACCCAGACUUGCCGUCCAUCAACAGAGUGUUGCGACCACCGCGAGAAGAGCCGGAAGUGAAAGUUCCAGAGUGGCUGGGGAAGGUCAGCGUGCUUCUCCACCUGCGGGACUGUCCUGUCUGUCGCCGGCAAUUCAAAAAGGGCGAUGCUGGACCCGCGCGAUGGGCGCUCAUCGUGGCGGCGCUGAACCCCGACCGCGAGCUCACCCUGCUCGGACAGCGCACGCAUGCUGCAUCGGAGAGCGAGACGCUGUCUACCUCGGUCGACCUCGAGAUUCACUCCAGGCACAAGCUGAAUGUGACGACGGUCACAGAGUUGUUCGGCCGGGAGGACCAGGUGGACGAGAGGCUGCGCGCCUUCCUCGGCAGUCCGGAGCCUGAACCUGCAGAGCGGGGGUGGCUCAGCCGCCGCCCGUCUGCAUCUGCGACUGUUGCCAGCCUCCCUUCGAGUCUUCCUCCAGCCACGCCAUGGGCACCCUCCCCGUCUCCGCCACGGAGCCGCUCGCCGACAGAUAGUAUCUCGUCGCGAGAGUCGGAGACAUUGCAACAGGAGGAGGAGGGAGACCCCUUCCCAUCAACGCAGGAGAUGGGCACCUCUUCGCUUGCCUCUCAGUACGCUCGCCCUCCGCACGUGGGAGCGCCGCUGUCAUCACAGUCGGGGUCAUUGCUGCCACAGGCUCCGCCAAUACUCGGCUUGACGCAGCAGCAGCGGGACGAGUUCCAAAAGCGUGAGGCGACGCAACGACGACGCGACGCCAUCGCGGCCUCUCAGGCCGAGCCCACACCCACUCGCCCUUUCGAGCCGGGGGAAGCACGCGCGAUCCAGGGUGCCUCCCCAAAUCGUCUGGAUCUGGCGCGCGGCGCAGGGCCAUCUUCGCAGCGCUCGGGAGUUAGGAGUCGCGCCGCUACGCCGGUCUGGGGUAGCGGGCCGUCGACGCCGGUGCGGAGCGCCGAUACGACACCGACGAAGAAGGCUAAGAACAAUGACGGCAAAGCGAGCCCCUCAACCCUGACCCCGCCGUCGAGCGCGAUGAAGAGUAUGAAGAUCUCCAGCCCUAUCGUUAUCAGCAGCGACGAUGACCCGACGCCGAGGAAGCGCAACUGGGAUGAAUGGGGCGCGGGUGCGGACCUCGUAUACGUCCCGUCCGACGACGAGGAGCCCGCCCCAGCGUCUCAAGCAAUCUCUGUGACAUCGGGAAGCGAGAGCGCCGUCUCCGUCACAUCUGGGAGCGAUGACGACCUGUGGGACAGCUGGGGCGCCGAUGCCGUGAUGCACUUCAACGCCGACUCCGAGUCGGACGGCUACGAUGCGUUCGAGUUUCCGUCAUCGCCUCCGCGUGAGCCCUCGCCUACGCCCUCCCGAGCACCUCCGGCUCCCACCGCCCCAGCGCCGAAACCGCCAGGCCCAACCAUGCCAGACUACAUCAGCUGGGAGAUCUCCAAGCUUAAGGUAAGCUGCUGCGUGCGCCGCGAAGCUGACUGCCAGAAAUUGGUCGAGGGCUACGGGUUUCGUGCGAGCAAAGACAAGGGUGGGCUCGUUCGCAUUGCGACAGAGUGCUGGGUCGCGAUCCACGGCACCGUCAGCGAGUCCGAGGAGGAAGUGCCUUUGGCUCAGCUGCACACGCCCAAGGCGAAGACGCCUAAGGGCGCGCGUCCCCGAUCGGCCAAGGUUGCUACCGAGCCAGAGACACCGUCCAAGUCCAAGGGCAAGGGCAAAGCGAAGGAGGACAUGACGCCCGAGCAGCUCGACGAGCUCUUCUUCGCCAUGGUCCGCGAUGAUGACGAGUUCUACCUUCGUAUCCUCCGGUAUGAGCCUAUCCACUGGGACGAGUUCCUCUCGCGGGCCAUCCGUGACGGCGCCUACGGGAAGGGGUGGAAGGACCGUCUCCGCGCCUUCCUUGAUCGACAGGGGAUCACGUUCUACACUGCUGAUCCGGGACAGCCACGCAGCCGGCAGAAGAAGCGCCGAUAG